CACUUUACCCCCUGUUUCGAACUACUCUUACUUUUAUUUUAAAAAAAUUCAGUUUCAUCUUUUAAUCCCCUUUCUCAGUACUCUCUUUGUUGUUUCUUGUUUUCGUUCGCUGAAUCCACCUCAUAGAUUUGUUGCAAUGAAAAAAGGUGAAAGCAUUCUUCAAUGUUCUUACUUGGGAACAAAAAUAGACGAUAUGAUUUUACUAUCCUGAAGUUCCUGUACUGAUCUCUCAAGCAUCAUAUCCAUGUCCUUACAUUAUAUCACAUAGCUUUAUUCUACCGCCUCUCCUUCACUCCUUUCCGUUCACUGAAUCCGUGGUAAGAUUUUAUCAGCUUUCACAAUGAAGAACACAGUGUGAACAGGAAAGGCACCACCAAUUGCCAUUUCGUUCAGACAUUCAGGUAUGCUAAAGAGAUAAAGUUCAGACAGUAUCCCCUUGCUUUCUGCCUGUUGAGCUAUGGGUCAAAUUGCUCAUGCUGUUGUGAGCUGUGACUGUCGCAUCCUUUGUCCCCUGCCGGUCUGGGAAGGAGGGAAGCUCCUUAUUCCAAUUUCAAGAUCACACUAGCGUUAUUCUCAGUGACAAGUACACUACUGGUUGGAGCCAUUAUUGAUCGGUUCUAGCACCACUUGAAAUCAGAAUCUGAUUUGGGCAGACAGAUUGGUAUGCUGAGCGUAUCCGAAUUUCCAUCCUGAGUUGUAUAAUUUGCGCAGGCCAAAGACAAAUGGCACUGCAAGAUCACCAUCAUUGCACUGGAAAUUUACAUUCCUAAAGGUAUGUAUCAUGAGGGCAAGGACCGAUAUGCUGAUCUUGUCACCAGCAUUGUAACCGGACCGACUUCUUCUCUCUUAAUACAAUGACACAUAAUUUUCCUGCACGUUCGAGAAAAACAUUUGCUGAUCUUAUCUGAAUUUCCAUCCUGGCGAAUAUAGUUUGCUCAGGGCAGACAAAUGCCACUGCAUGAUCACCAUCAUGGUUCAUGAGGACAGGUCAAUUCCUGUUGCAGAAUCAGAACACUGAAGCAACCUGUUAUUGGUGCCCACUACAAAGACCCUUCUUUGAGCUGCAUUAUUGCACUGCAAAUGUCCAGUUCUAACGUAUGUAGUAGGACUGAUGUGCUGAUUUCUGAACACUCACACAUCACACAUGUACUUGCUGGAAUGACGGCCAUAGACAAAUGAACGCCUUUUGCAUUGCAGUGACGGUCAUAUUCUCAAGUUGCACACCAGCUUCCAGCUGUGAAAUGAAAAGAAAUAUUCCAAUUCCACAGCCACAAAAGCCUGCAUCUUUCUCCACCUCCCCUUUUCUGCCAGUACAUAUAUCUCUCUGCCUCACAAGUCAGAGCAACACAAAAAUUAGAGUCAAGCUAACAGUCACACACCUCAAACUGUUCUGCAAAUCCUUCGGCCCUGACACCAUCUCUGGAUUGACUGAAUUGACUCCUUUGCAAUUGCAGUGCAUGUUCUCGAGAGAUAAGCAGUUGAUGGCUGCGCAGAUGGCAACGGACGGCGGGCUGAGGCGGGUGUUCGAGAAGCCGUUGCCGGAGAACCCGACGCUGCUGGAGGCGCUGUCGGCGUGGAACCAGCACAUCCACCCCAAGAAGCCCGUCGACCCGGCGUCCAUCACGGAGAUCUUCGGCGAGCUCCACUUCCAAGAGAAGCAGCCCGAUCGAGCCGUCCUGCCACAGCCAGCGCCGGCGCCGGCGCCUCGCCCUCCUCCGCGCACGGCGUCAUGGCUCGACAUCGCCGACGCGGACAAGAGCAAGGACGAUUUGUCGCUGGACGCGCUCCUGAGGCCCAAGCAGGCGAGCGGCGCGGGGGCCGUGAAGAGGAGCGCGAGCUUCUGCAUGAAGAAGAACUCAGCGUCCCUGUUGCUCUGCACCGAGGGGCUCGGCUCCGAGAGCGCCGUGGACGCCGACGACUUGCUCAAGGACGGCGACACCGAGACCGACGUGCUCUGCCCGGGCAAGGGCAUGGACCACGUGGACAGGAGCGGCGACGAGGAGGUCGCCGUGGAGGCGGGGAAGGAGGAGGAGAAGCGGCUGCCGUCGUUCCCGCCGCCUAUCCGGUCGAUCGGGCGCGGCGGGAAGCCGUGCAUGUGCUUCCGGUCGUUCCGUGCGGAUGGGCGGUUCGUGCUGACGGAGGUGGUGAUCCCCGGGAAGGAGCUCCUGCAGUCGUCACGCGAGGGCGGACGGCUCAGGCUGCAGUUCGCCAACGCCGCCGCCACAGCUGCCAAUGCGGGCGUGAACGAGGAGAAGCACGGAGAAGACGACGAUGACGAAGGCAAGAGCGCAUGCAUCGACGAAGACGAGAGCUAAGUGGCAUUGGCGUGGCUGCUUGGAAGCUUGUGUUCUUGAUGUGCCAAUGCAAUUUAGUUCAAGAGGGUUAUUAUUGCCAUUUGCCAGGGAUACUUGCAUGUGUUUUAUUAGCGACUCUAUGUCAUUCCGUAAUGGAAAAGGGGUUCCCGUGUUAAAAAAAAUACUGUAUCAGCUAUGUCAUGUGUACACCUACCAAGGAGAAAAUAGAGGUUUAUUCGGUGGUACAUGAAAAAGACAUUUGAAUAUUUGUCACACUAAAAAGUGAGCUUCUUAGUUUUGCUACUGUAGACAUUGACUCUGCCUUUUUAUUUUCUUGUCAUUACGUAAUUUUAAAUUCGAAUUCUUUUUCUUUUAUCA